GACCAGAAGCAACACCACAGCUAGUAUAGCUAGCUAGUCGAUCUCCCAAAUUGAGGGAGCGGUCGAUCUCCUUGCUCGAUCUAGCUAGCUAGAGAGUAUUUGUUUCUAAGCAGGAGAUCAGUCUCAGGCUGACGUAACUAUAAGUUUAGUACCUGGCCGGCGCGGCCUUAAUUACUCUCCAAAGAUGGCUGCCAUUGGGAACCCUUGGGUCUUUGCUGUGGGCAUUCUAGGCAACAUCCUGUCGUUCCUGGUGAUCCUGGCGCCGGUGCCGACGUUCCACCGCGUGUACAAGCGCAAGUCGACGGAGUCGUUCCAGUCGGCGCCGUACGCGAUGGCGCUGCUGAGCGCAAUGCUGUGGCUCUACUACGCGCUGCUCACGGCGGACCUCCUCCUCCUCUCCAUCAACGCCGUCGGCUGCGUCGUCGAGACCGCCUACCUCGCCGUCUACCUCGCCUACGCGCCCAAGCAGGCCAGGGCCUUCACCGUCAAGCUCGUGUUCGUCAUGAACGUGGCGCUCUACGGCGCCAUGGUGGCUUUUCUGCAACUCUACGUCAGGGACGGCGACCGCCGCGUCGCCAUCGCCGGCGGCGUCGGCGCCGCCUUCGCCUUCGCCGUCUUCGUCGCGCCUCUCGCCAUCAUCAGGCAAGUGAUCAGGACCAAGAGCGUGGAGUUCCUGCCCUUCUGGCUCUCCUUCUUCCUCACCAUCAGCGCCGUCGUCUGGUUCUUCUACGGCCUCCUCAUGAAAGACUUCUUCGUAGCGAUGCCGAACGUGCUGGGCUUGCUUUUCGGCCUGGCCCAGAUGGCGCUCCACCUGGUGUACAAGAACCCCAAGAAGAAGAAGGGAGCCGUGUCGGAGGCCGGCCAGGCGGCAGUCGCCGCGGACGGCGAGAAGCAGAACCAGCUGGAGCUUCAGCAGCAACAUCAGCAGGCCGCCGCGGCGACCAUCAACGCCGACGACGCCGAAGACGCCAGCAAGGUGCAGCAGAGCGUGACCGUGGUCGUGGACAUCCCGCUGCCGCCGCCCGAGGAGCACCCGGCGCCGAUGCCGCCGCCCAUCAGGACUGCCGUCGAGGUGGUCUGA